AUGAAGUAUUUAGUUGCCCUUCUUGCAUUAGCAACCAACUUCUGCCACGCUGCAGUCCCUGGCUUUGAUAUCUCACACUAUCAGGGCACAGUCGAUUUCAAAAGUGCCUACUCCUCUGGUGCUAGAUUUGUGAUUAUUAAGGCAACUGAAGGCACGACGUACCAAGAUCCCAACUUCUCAAAGAAUUACAAUGGUGCUACUUCCGCGGGUCUCAUUCGCGGUGCGUACCAUUUCGCGCAGCCUGCAAGCAGCAGUGGCAGCGCUCAAGCCCAGUACUUUGUCGCACAUGGCGGUGGCUGGUCCGGCGACGGUAUCACGCUACCAGGAAUGCUUGACAUCGAGUACGGAGCAACCAGUACGUGCUACGGGCUAGGUACCUCGGCCAUGGUGUCUUGGAUCACCAGCUUCGUAAACGAAUACCAUGCCUUAACUAGCCGCUGGCCGAUGAUCUACACUACGAAUGACUGGUGGGUUACUUGUACGGGGAACUCGAAGGCGUUCUCGGGGAACAGUCCUUUGGUGUUAGCGAGGUAUAGCAGCAGUGUUGGGACCAUUCCGGGUGGCUGGCCAUAUCAAACCAUUUGGCAAUUCAACGAUGCGUAUACUUAUGGCGGAGAUUCGGACAGCUUCAACGGAGCGUUUUCGAGUUUGCAAAAGCUUGCUACUGGUUGA